AUGGAAUCCAAGGGCUUGACAUCUGACUGCGAUGACUGUUUUCUAAAGGAAGAAGCUGAAGCUCUUCUUGCGCGGCAUGCCACAAUUCUGGUGCGGUAUGUGGAUGGUACCUCCGACGUCAUCGAAAGCGAUCAGCUGCGCACAUUCAAGAAACGUCUCUACAGCGUCUUCUUGGACAUACAAUUUACGAUGGAGGAGGAAGAGAACAACCAGCUGACCUUCCUUAAUGUCCUCGUCUGUUGCAAAGAUUGUGGUGGCCUAAAGACUUAA